UUGAAGAGCAGCAGAUUCUGCCAGAUCUGAGACAACAAGCAACUAUGAGAUUGACUCAACACUCAUUAGCGGUGAAAACAAGCUGUACUUGAAAUUGUGCUGCACUUAAUUGUUUAAAACCCAGUUCUUCACCCACCUGCAUUUACCACUUGGAGAUCGUAGGCUGGAAAUUUCAAAUCAUCCUCGGUCAGUUUGGUGACGAAUUCGAACUCGUUUAGAAGCGGGGAAUCGACUCUUGGGUGAGUAAAAGAAUUGAACCUCUUGGACGCAAGUACUGGUUUCAUGAUCUAUCCAUCCUUUCUUUUCAGGUCAGUGUUUUGGCGGUGUUCCCUUAUUAUGUGGAAGAAAAGGGUCUCCCGGUGACUAGGUGAUAGACCAUCGUAGAUGGGUUGUAAAUGUGCACAAGCCCAAUCAUAAAAGCUAGUGACCCGAGAGUUGUCGUUCCUCGUUUCAAUGAGUUGAUUUACGAGCUCCUUCUCCAAUGGAAGGGUUAAUACGCCUUGUGUGUGCCACAUACUCUUCAUAGAAGAAAGAGCUCCUUCUCCUUCAGCAGCUCCUCCUGCUUCAGUGAGUUCUACCUUGACCACAAAAAUGAGGGCCAGAGUGCUUUGGGUCGUCGGUGGCAUUCUUUGCUUAAUUCACAAUGGAAUUUGCCAAGACAACAAUGAGGAAAAAGGGGAGGAAGAAUCAGCUACUUUUCCCACGAGCCAAGGUACCCCCGGAUCACCUCAACGAGGGGCCGUGAUCGCCAAUCGGGACCAAAGCAGGUCGUCCCUGGUAUUUCUGAAGGACUUGAGAAACUUGACCAAGGAGGCCGGGGAUUUCUUGAGGCUGCGUUGCGAGGUCACCGGUCAGCCCCCAGUUGCCACCUUCGAAUGGCUCAAGAAUGGGAUUCCUCUAAUUGAGGAGAAGAACCGCAUGAAAGUCAAAACCAAGUUGAAGGACAAUCCUCAAUGGACACAGCUGAGGAUAAAGGCCCUCGAGACCUUGGAUAUGGCCUUUUAUGCAUGUCAAGCCUCGAACGGUUACGACACGAUUACAUCAACGGCAAUCGUGAAGGUCCAAUUGGGCAAGGUUGAUUUGGGCCGAAGACCACCUUGGCAAGAAGAAGACGAGGAUGACUACGAUGAAAUAGGUCUGCUGCCAGAGACCUACAAAGAUCCAGAUCUAUUCUCCAGUGGAAAAGUUGAAUUUGAAGGAGGUCAACAGCCUCCCAAUCUGAAUGGUGGAACCCGUUCCAAGGGCAAUCGUUUUGAUGGUAAUCGAGGAAGCAGCGCCAACGCCGUGGGAAGCUCCAUUCCCAUUUUGAAACCUAACGAGAGGGCGGGGAAUUGCCAGCCCUAUGUGGGCACAGUCUGUGCCAAGUACAUACAACAAGAGUAUGUCUUUGUAUCUGCGGGACUGUCUCAAACGUAUGUGGAACAGAAGCUCCAAGCAGCCUUCAGCGUCAUAACAAUGUCUCCGGACCUUUCGAGUGAUUGCAGUCCCUACGCCGUUCCUUCAAUUUGCUUGGCGACGUUUCCGUUAUGUGACCGGCAUACAGAAAAACCUCGCAAAUUGUGCCGAGAAGAAUGUGAACUUCUCGAGAAUCGAGUCUGUCGAAAAGAACUUGCGCUGGCCAGACAGUAUGCCGCCUUGGAACGCCAAUUGGUGUUGCCCGAAUGCCAGGAAUUGCCUCCCUUGGGCUCGCCUAGUGCAGCCAAUUGCGUUCGUUUGGGCAUUCCAGAGGCCAGUCAACUCAUUCGACCACACAGUUGUUAUGCAGGGAAAGAUGGGAGAGAGUAUCGAGGCACAAUGAGUACCACUGAGUCGGGCUUGACUUGUCAACCCUGGAAUCGUCAAAUCGCCCUUCGCAUUCACGAUCACAUGGAAUUGACUGGAGGACACAAUUAUUGCCGAAACCCAGAGGGAUCUGAAUCCAUGUCUGAGCCAUGGUGCUAUGCUGGCAUGGACAAGACGUUCAAGGAAGUAUGCGGCAUUCCCAAAUGCAACACAUUUAAUGUGUAUCUCUACAUUGCCGUACCUGCAUUGAUAGCAGUAGCCACCCUCGGAUUGUGCAUUGGUUUGUGCUGCAUGCGUCGAACCAAUGAUCGAAAGACUUCGAAGGCCGCACCAGAUGUUGCCAGCAAUCGGAAUGGGAUGAGGCAAACACCCAACACUCAUAGCGGUGCACCCUCCAAUGGCACAUUGCAAACCCAACAAAGUGGAAAUAUGGAAAUGAACAGUCUACUCCCGCCACAUCAACAGCAACAGCAACAACCACAAGAGCCUACUCGAGGGGUUCGAGCCCGGGAGUUCCCUCUGAGCAGUGUUAGGUUCAUGCAAGAAUUGGGAGAAGGAGCCUUCGGGAAAGUCUACCAAGGCGAGCUCCACGGUGUGGCCACAUCAGGACCCCAAUUGGUGGCUAUUAAGACAUUGAAACCCGGCGCCAAUCAAAAGACUCGGUCCGAUUUCCAACGAGAGGCCGAGCUGAUGGCCGAGCUUCGACAUCCCAAUAUUGUUUGUCUUCUAGGUGUGUCCUUCCAAGAGGACCCUCAGUGCAUGUUAUUUGAGCACAUGGCCCAUGGCGACCUUCACGAAUUCCUUAUCACGCACAGCCCUAAUGUGGACUCGGAUGUGUCAGAUCCAGCAGAAGAUCAAAAUGUGCUCAAUCCAAUGGACAUGUCUUUCAUUGCUAUUCAGAUAGCUGCCGGGAUGGAGUAUCUAGCUAGUCAUCAUUACGUACACCGAGAUCUGGCCGCUAGAAACUGUCUGGUAGGGGAAAAUCUCACCGUGAAAAUAUCAGACUUUGGCCUUUCGCGGGAUAUUUAUGCGGCUGACUAUUACCGUGUCCAGUCUAAAUCGUUGCUCCCAGUCCGGUGGAUGCCUCCAGAGAGUAUACUCUACGGUAAAUUUACGACAGACUCCGAUGUCUGGGCGUUUGGAGUGGUCUUGUGGGAAAUCUAUUCGUAUGGCCUUCAGCCAUACUACGGCUACAGCAACCAAGAGGUGAUUGAGAUGAUUCGAUCGCGGCAGUUGCUGCCUUGUCCAGAAGAUUGUCCGUCGAGGAUGUAUGCCUUCAUGGUGGAAUGUUGGCAUGAAGUCCCAAGCCGGAGACCACACUUUGCCGAGAUCCACUCCCGACUGCGACAUUGGGAGGGCUACGGAUCUGGCGGCUACCAACCUAGUACAACUAGUCAGAGCAUGGGCAACCAGUCCCAACACAGUGGGUCUCAUCAUUCCAGCAACACGGGUCCCAAUAGUAACAACACCAAUUCUACCAAUUUGAGUAACAACCAUUUCAUGUAUCGAGGUGGAGGGCCCGGGCCACCACCGCCUGGUCACCACCCUCAUUAUAUGAGUCACAUUCAGACUGGCCCCCAUGGCGGCCCUCCCACCAUGCUCCUGGGUUCAACAUACGGGGGUCCCAGUGCGGUUUACCCGCCUCACGCUCAGCAUGGACCCAAGUCGGUGGCCUCCACGUCUUCACAGAAUUCUCAAUCAAAUUGUCAGACUCCAGCCUCCGUGGCCUCCUUGCAAAUGGUCUGAGGAGGUCCAAAAAGGUAGUUCCAAAGACUGUGACAGACUUCGUCGUCGCCCAUACAGGAAAAGACAAUAACACCACACAAACUUCAUCCAAGUUUAUUCACCCAUACAUAUCCAGAUGCUUUUGUGCUCUGCGAUUCGGCUCAAACGUCUGUUCAAAUUUCUAGCCAGUCGUCGCUUUUUUUAGGAAAGAGGCAUAACAGGAAUGAAUUUGACAUUUUUCUAAGAAUCUCAAGGAAAUCUCAUAGAAACGCCGCAGCACUUACGCAACAGUCGACAGCAAUAGGAUAGGAUGGAGAAAUUAGCCGUCAGAGACCAAUGGUCGUUCCAUUACUCACCUCGACCAACGGGCUUCAUACUAUCAGAACAAAGUGCAUGACCAUUACUUUUGCCAAUGACAUCUCGUGAGACUUUCAUUUCCACCUCCUUUGUCUAUCUACUGUAGUGAACAGUAUUUUACAAUCCUUAUCUUCAAAGCAAAUCAAUGGAAAAAUAAAAAAAACGUUGUUUCAACUCAAAUGAAGUUCUCAAACU